UUUCUCUCUCUCUCUCUCUCUGUUGUUUGGGCAGCCUGCAGCACUAGCAGCUAUGUGCAGCAGUGAAAUAUUCCCUCUUCUCUGCUCAUUGUGCAUCAGAGAGCCAGACGUCAUCGGCCGGCCAAUCAGUGGCUCCCACUAGGCAGCCCAAGGUCUCUGUGGGGGGAGAAGGGACCCACUUAGAAGUCUUCCCUCUCACACUUGCUUCUCCUGGUAACUUGCUUCGCUCAUGCUUCAGAAGCAGAUGGAAAUCAUCAGUUUUAUCUGGAUUUAGGAAUAUAGCAAAAGAGACCUUUCCUUCUCAGAUGGGAAGCAGGAAAGUCAGCAACUUAGACUCAAAGUUUUGGAGCAGACUGUCUCAGGACGCUUUAAGCUAACCCAAGAACAUGACUUAGCUUGAGACCAGGACAAGAGACACCUGGGCGGAACUGCGCUGGUGUUGGUUCCCCCAGUUUCCCCCCACAGGACAGACUCGUGCAACAGUGCCUGUUCACAUUCGUAUCAUUUACAAGUCCCGUCCUUCCCGUUCUGCCAUCUGCCCCAGUCCAUGGAUUCUUACAGCUUGCACAUUGAGAGAAUGAGCAACGUGGACCUGCAUCCUCUUAGUCUGUCAGUAAGCCGGCUUUCGCCAGCCAAAUCCCACAGCAGUAUUGACCAUAUAGCCCACCACCAACACGGCAAAGGAGACUCUGCAUAUAGCUCCUUCUCGGGUGGGUCAACUGCUCCGGACUACCCGUCUCCCUUCCUCUCUGAUGACUUGCAGUCGAGCUCCAUCAGUCAAUAUGCAGACCUUAAAUAUGUGAAGUCCUUUUACAAUCCAGCCCAGUUCUUGAAUUCAGACUCAAAGACCAUGGAUCAGCUCUACCUCUCAGUUGAAGCUAUCUCACAGCAGUAUCGCAACAACAUGGAUGUGAACUACUACAACCACAAUGGCAGUGAGCGAUUGCGCACCAGCAAUAAUGCACACCUUAAAAAAGAUCUACAUUCAAGGACUCUGUCCCAGAAUGCUCCUGCUCCCCCAGUCCCAGCUCGGAUUGAUAGUUUUAUUGCCACUAAAAACUUGGAGAACAGCCGAUUUAACCUUCAGGGUACUGAAUUUAAUCCCCUGCCUCAACCACCUCAGCAGCAGCUCAGACCCAAUGGCCGACCCCAUUCUAAAAGUCUAAACGCUCCAAGGUCUGACACGGCGAUCCCAGAUAAAGGUGUGAACUCUGAGACAGUGUACUCGGUAUGGAAAGGCUCGCAGGAGGUGCAGCAGGCCCUGCAUCCCCCAAGCUACCGGUUGCACCUCCAGCUUCACAAUCAGUCAAGGAUGAGCCCACAAAACCCUUCCAUUGUGGACAACAAUGCUGCCUCUGAGCUGCUCAGGUCAUCAAACACCGUGAGCCGAUCACCACCUCCAGGCAGAAACCAGCCUGAACAUCCGACACCCAAACAGCUUUCUGCCAACAGUGGCUGUAAUGGAGACCCUCAGAACAAACCCAGUGGUCAUUUUCGAAGUGAGCGCAAAAGAGCGCACUCGGCUCAAGAAAGGUGUGCUGGUUCAGAACCGCAGCGAGCCCCUAGCCCCUGGAACAGCAGUCAGAGUUUGCUUAGCAGCAGCAUUAAACAAAAGGGACAGUUCUACUUUGUCACAGGAGUGUAUAAACCAUUUGAACCUGGGAUGAGGACGCACUCUGCAACUAUAAGUGGUACAGAAGCUGUAAAGGAGGUCUCUGCUGUGUUGGAGACACACAGACGAGACAAAGAGCGAUCUCACAGUACAAUGGAUCAUUUUUUUAGUUCUCACCCCUCCAGCGGUACCAUUCCAGAGGAUGAGGAGGUUUUUAUUUCUGAGGAUCAGGGAGUGGACCCAAUGUCCAAGAACCUGGCCCACAUGAAUCACAGACCGCCCAACAUUUCACAUGCCGUGGAGGAAAGUCGAGAUAUUGGCCGGCACACUGCAAGCAAUCCAAUAUUCUACUGUGGACCCGACAGACAAAGUCCACCGGAUUCAGCCGCUCAGCAAAACGAGGUCAUGCUGAUAAGCAAUGAGCCCACAAACUACAAAAAGAGGGACGAUCAAGCAAACAGAGGGAAGCGGCAGACUUCGGAGGACAUUGCUAGUGAGAGGAUAAACAAAGAGACUACUCCCUUGCUGUAUCACCUUACCGGUGCCAAUCGAGCAGUUUUCCAGCCCAAGAUGGAUCCUGAAUUCAAUGGAAGGAAGGAAACGGGUCUUAAUAAAUCUGUCCAGGGAGAUGUAGGAAACGAUGAGAGACCUGCACAAGGUGAUGUUUGCCAGAACCCCAGGGGAAAGGUCCAGCCCGUAGCUUGUGGCACGCUAGACGAUUCUUUUAAAAAGUACUACAAAGAAAAGCUUAAGGAUGCCCAGAGCAAAGUCUUAAGAGAGACAUCAUUUAAGAGGAGGGACCUGCAGCUGCCUUGGCCUCACAGCUUAACGCAAAACCCCGACUGUAGACCUGCUGCGCUUCACUCCUUUUCCUCAUCACAGGACUCUGAGAUAUCAACAGACACAAUCACCCCAUCAUUAAUAUCUGAGGGGAGCCUUAAAGAGGUCUGGGAAAAUCCAAAGGAAAUUGAUAAAUUACCUGAGAGGGAAUAUGGGAGGUUGGCAAAUGUGGCCCAGCCUCAGGUGCCACGCAUCGGAGGCAGAAAGAGACUGACUCCAGAUCAGAAGAAGAUUUGCUUCUCUGAGCCAGAGAAACUCAACCAAGUAGGUACCACACCCAGCCACUCGGCCUGCCGCUCCUUUGGGAAUGAAAGCGAGGGAUUGUUUACGGCUGGGUCUGAGGGAGAGGAGGAGAUGCAGCAGGAGGAGCAUGGACUGGUUGCAGCUCGGAGGAAGGUGUUUGAGUCAAGAGGUCGUGCCUCGUCUGUCUCAAGUGCGUCAAAGACAAACCUAAAGCAUCUGCAGCAACAGGCCCUCAUGGAGUACAUGGAAAGAAAGACGGGCCAAACGGUGGCUGAGCCGCAGCUCCCAGCACCUCCUCUCCCAGCUCCAUCCAGACAGAGACAUUCUCUUGGGGAGAAACCGUUUGACUGGGGAUCUCGCCCACAAUCGUUGAAUCAUGAGAAACACGCAAAGAAGAAACACCAUAGACCGCACUCCGCCGGCCGCAUCCUUGAUUCCCCGAGUAGCUCCAUGAGGUACGCCCAGUUCUUCUCUGCACAGUCCUGCUCAGGCUACUAUCCUGGCCACCAAAACGCCUCUAGAAUGAGGGAGAGCCAAGGUCCAUCUCAGGGAAAAUCAGCGUCUGCAGAGAGUCUGUUGGACCAGCGAGAGCCAAGCAAUCUGCUAAGGAACAGAUCCACAUCCACCCCGCAUACAGUUCAGGGAAAUGACAUAAAAGAUGAUCCACUGCCAGUUAAAACUGUGGAAACCCAGAGCUGCCAGAAAAAUGAAGCAGUGGAGACUUCGGAGCGGCGGUCCGUUGAGGGCCAGCAGCCUUCUCGUAAGGUGGGACCCAGGGGGAAGUCCAUGGAGGAGCUUGGAGCUUUAAAAGUAGCUAAAGUGUCGGCCUUGAGCAAAAGCUCUGACCACCUGGACCAACUGUGCAAGAAUUCAGUCGAGACUCCGGCCAUUAGCAGAAAUGUGAGGAGUGCUUCACACUUCUUGGAAGACAGAGAUGCUAGACGACAGGAAAUGAGAAAGGAAGCAGAGUUUGUAGGUCAGAAUAACUCUCAGGGACAGAGCCAACACCAAACCCAGAAACACUGUCCAGAGGAGGAUACAGCAGGAGACAGAAGCUCAGGUCGACCCUUCUCUCCCGUCUCCAGUGGAGAACCUAAUGAGACAUUUUCUAAUCCUCCCAACCUCAGAGGACAAAAGCUCAGUGAAUGGGAGAUCGCUUCCACAUCCAACCAGACGAAGCUUCCUGAGAGCGUCCCUAUCUCCAGAGGUGGGUCUUCCUCUGGAUUAGAGAGAGAGCAAACAGUGAACGAAUCAAGCAGCGAGAUGAACCACGAAGUUUCCCUGAGCUGCGGCAUCACCACUGAUCGGUCGCUGUGGAUUCUCCCACCAGAAGAAGAGCUUAAAGGGGGGUUCCUCACAAAUGUUUCAGACGAGCCUGGCAGUCUCAUCUCCACGCAGCAGACCAAGGACUCCUCUGUGUCUCCCUCCACGUCAUUCUCUGAGGAAGAAGUCAGUCAGCAGGCAGAUGAGCAGAAAGAUGUGGCCCCAGAGGCUGAGAAAGCAGGAGAACAGGAGGAGACGCCAGAGGGAGAGAUGGACAAGUCUGCCAAGAAACCCAAGUGGGAGGAGCUUGUAAAGGCAGUGGUCAAAGCUGACCAGUCACUGGCAAGGGUGCUCUGUCCACUGGCCAAUCGUAAGACGGCGCUGAUGCUGAUGGAGCAGCUUCUGUCGGAAGACACGCUGCUUAUGGAGGAGCACUACAAGAAGAAACAGGAGCAGAAAGGAACAGCCGAAAGCAACGAAGCGAGUGAAGGAGCCGAAGCAUCUCUGUGUUUGCCUGACUGCGACGGCCAGAAAUCUCAGUUUUCAGACGAGCAAAGCCAGGCUGACAUCACUGAGAAGAAGCGUUUGUUGGUAUCUUAUGUCAACGAGCGCCUCCGUUCCCUGGAGGAGUCGCGUGACGCCCUACAGGCAGAGGUGGAGGAGAACACGGCGCUCGGAGAGGCCAUGAAGCUGCUGGUGCGAGAGCGUUGUCAGCCAGUGGAGCUGGAGAGGUACAACCUGUUCAUCGGGGACCUGGAGAGGGUGAUCAACCUGCUGCUGUGCCUGUCUGCCCGUCUGGCCAGGGUCCAAAACGCCCUGAGCGUCGUGGACCAACACACAGAUGCUGAGGAAAAGGAAUCUCUGGACAGUCGCCACCGUCUGCUGUGCAAACAGAGGGAGGAUGCCAAAGAUCUGAAGGAUAACCUGGACCGCCGAGAUAACCUGGUCUCCACCUUCCUGUCGCGUCAGCUUUCUGCCGAGCAGCUGCAGGACUACCGGCGCUAUGUUCAGACCAAGGCUUCACUCCUCAUCCGCCUGAAGGACCUGGAGGAGAAGCAGAGGCUGGGAGAGGAGCAGCUGGAGUCGCUUUCUAACAGCCUGAAUAUUUGAAGGAACUUUGGCUCAGUUUGCCUGGUAGAGAUCAUCCAAUCAUGACUCCCACAUCUCCUUUCAUAUUAUCAGGAAGGAAAGAACUGCUAAGAGUCAAGCGAACCUUUUCCGCCCAUCCCAGUUUGCACAAUCAGCAGUGCUCAUUAAAACGUGUCUUAAUAUUGUACAUGUAUUUCAACGUUAAACGGAGCUGAACUUUUUCAGUGUGCCUUCACAUGUUAUUGUAGCUGUUGAAUAUUUCUUAUUAGAGCUGCUGUGCAGAAACUGGUAGCAUAUCAGAUAGUUUCCUUUGUUUUUCACUGAGACAACAGCCCUGCAUCUAUGGGAACCGACCAUAAGCUUUAAGAUCAUCUCUGAGCAGCAAUGAGGCUCCAGUCGCCACACAGAGGGCGGGCUGCUGUAUCAUCUAUCAUGUCAGGAAGAAUUUAGAUGUUGAAGAAUUUUUGGUUGUCUGUAUUUUCAUAUGCAUUUCAAAUGAAGACACCGGAAACCAAAAAAAAAAAGUUGAAUGAAAAAAAAAAAGCACUUUUUAAAGAAUGCACAUUACAUCAAAACAGAGACUAAAUAGUUUCCAGUGAGAAGGCCUUACUCCAUCCGUUAAAGCUUUUAUUUUAUUUUUUUUCUGUUUGGAUUUGUUUUAACUUUUACAACUUUGUUCAGGCUCCCUUUAGGGUUUUAUCCAUUUUCAUGUCUGGAAUAGAAAGAAUAUGAGGAAUGCAGAGCACAAUCAUGACCAAAGGCAAAGAAGAGACUGGAGAGUGUAAACAUGAGCUUAUAAAGGGAGGAUGGAUGUGCUAAUUAAUCCAGUGAAGAGAAAGAAGUUAUAAGAUAUUUAGUCUGCGUACAGUAUGUUACAGAUUUACUAUAAUAUGGAAGG